CGCCGCUGCCGCCAUAUACACAUUACUACAUCAGACUAAAUCAAUAUAUUCAACAAUUAUAUUUUAUUAUUGCGAAAGUGAAGCAAAAAAGCUUUUUUUCCUAGAUGACCUUGACACCAAUUUUAUCAAUAAUAUUCUUCUUUUCCAUCAGUCAAUUAUUAUCAUUUACUUUUUGUUCAUCACCAUCUUCUCUUCGUUUAAUUAGCCAUAAAACAAAUUUUGGUGUUGCUGCUGUUGUUGCUGCUUCAAAACAACAAAAAGAGGAGGAAGAAUUAAUGGAUGAAUGGGCUCCAUAUCGAAUGGCUUUUUUAUUAAUUUUGGUGGCGUCAACAGUAGCUUUGUGGGCUUCUUAUAAAUUGUUAUGUGAACAUCCAGAUGAUAAUGAAGAAUUACAACAACGUGUAAUUGCAUACCAACCUUUACGUCAAAAUUGUAAUCAACUAGUUUUAUCGCUUGAAGGAGGUGAAGGAGGAGAUGAACAACACAAACCUUUCAAAAAUUCAAUAAAAAAUUCUUUAUCAUUUUCUUCUACUUCUUCGUUUGAUGAGGAGGAUGAUGAUUUGACUUGUCUUUUAGUUGGUGGUGGGGAAAUGACUCGAACAAAAUUUACAGCAACAACAACAACUACAAGACUUAAAAAAGGUUUAUUAUCAACUGGUAAUAUUUAACUGACUAAAAAUAUUAUUGAAAAAUUGUGAAAGGUUUAUUUUUUUUAUAAAUGUUCCCGUAGUAGAGAAAAACAAAGCUUUGAUCUUGAACCUUUAAUUAAUUUUUUUUCAUUUUUAUUGGGCUACUAAGAGUUAUUUUGAUUUUUAACAGAGUCCUCUUUUCUAACUUUAAUAUUUUUUUUCAUGGACCAAGAGCUGAAAUUUAAGUGUCAUUUUUCUGGUGUCAUUUUUUCAGAUAGGGUUUUCCUAUUAUUUGUCCUUAACUUUUUUUUUGUUUCGGGGCUAAAAUUAAUUUGUUUAAGGUGUCGCUUAAAAAAUUAAGGAUCGGGAUCAAGGCUUUUUUUUUUAAAUUUCUAAUUCCCUUUUAAAUAAAAUAUUUAAAUUUUUAUAUAAUUCUGUUUUUGUUCUCAAAAUUGACCCUUUCUCUUUUUAUAAGUAAUUCAAUAAUUAUUUUUAUAUAAAUAGGGUUUUCUGGUUUCAAUAUUACCAAGUUUUUCGAUAUCCAAAACGAGAGGAAAAAAAGUUUUGGUUCCGAAUUGAAGAGAAAACCCCUAUUUUUAUAUAAGCUUUUGCGUUCUCAUCCCUUCCUUUACUUUAUCUCUCUCAUUAAAAAAUUUCUGCGAUAUUCAUAUAUAAAUUAAUUAAAAAAAUAUAUAUAAUUAUAAAGCGAAAGCAUCUCAAUUAUUAUUAUUUUAUCCAUUUUUUUCUUAAGCCAAGAAUUGAAGUCACAAAAAAUUUUUAAAAAUUCUUUGAAAAACGGAAUUUUUUUUGCUUAAUUUGGUCCAGAAAAAAUUUUUUGUCUUCAAUUCAUAGUUCCCCCCCCCUUUCUUUCCCUUUUUUCUUAAUGUGCCACACGAAGGUUUUGUAAUUUUUCGAUCUAAAGUGCCUUGCUGAUCUCUCAAAAGUUGAAAAGCAAAAACAAAAUGAAAAUGUUCUCUCUCUCUAUCUUUUUUUACUUUUUUUUUAUCACAUGGGGAAUUUCAACAUGGUUGUUUUUGAAUUUUUUUACUAAAAACAGAAAAUUUAAUAUCUCAAAUUUUUUUUAUA